AUGAUUGCUCUAGGACUUGAAGGGUCCGCAAACAAGCUAGGUGUUGGCCUAAUUCGGCAUACUCCUGGAAAGCCUGCGGAGAUACUCUCAAAUAUACGCCAUACAUUUGUUUCACCUCCCGGCGAAGGUUUCCUUCCAAAAGACACAGCGAAGCAUCACCGAUCAUGGGUCGUCACUCUCGUUAAGCGGUCGCUGAAGGAGAGCGGAGUAAAGGUUAAAGACAUAGACUGCAUCUGCUAUACCAAAGGCCCCGGAAUGGGUGCACCAUUACAGUCCGUUGCGAUUGCUGCCAGAACUUUAAGUCUACUGUGGGGGAAGCCAUUGGUCGGUGUGAAUCACUGCGUUGGUCACAUAGAAAUGGGCAGAGAAAUAACCGGGGCCAAUAAUCCCGUCGUACUAUACGUCUCCGGAGGGAACACCCAAGUGAUAGCCUACGCUGAGCAGAGAUACCGAAUAUUCGGUGAAGCCCUAGACAUAGCCGUCGGGAACUGCCUCGACCGCUUCGCCCGAACCCUCAACAUCUCCAACGACCCAGCGCCGGGUUAUAACAUCGAGCAAAUGGCCAAAAAAGGCGAGAACCUCGUCGAGCUCCCAUAUGCGGUCAAGGGUAUGGACUGUUCUUUCUCCGGAAUACUAGCAGUCGUCGAUAUGAUGGCUGCGCAGCUCCUCUCCGGAAACCCGAAGCCCCUACUCACGCCUGAGGGUGAGCUUGUCACCCGCGAGGAUCUUUGUUUCUCCUUGCAAGAGACGGUAUUUGCUAUGCUCGUUGAGAUAACCGAGAGGGCUAUGGCGCAUGUCGGUAGUGACCAGGUUCUCAUUGUUGGUGGGGUUGGGUGUAAUGAGCGCUUGCAGGAGAUGAUGGGGUUGAUGGCUAGGGAUAGAGGUGGGAGUGUUUAUGCUACGGAUGAGAGGUUUUGUAUUGACAAUGGGAUUAUGAUUGCUCAUGCUGGCCUGCUGGCGUAUGGGACUGGGUUUGUUACGCCGCUGGAGGAGUCGACAUGCACCCAGAGAUUUAGAACGGAUGAAGUGCUCGUGAAGUGGAGGGAUUAA